ACACAAGAGAUAAUCAAUCCACAUUUCCGACGGACGACUAUUAGUGAUGAGCUGGAUCAUUUGCCCGGAUUGUGGGUUUGUGUUCUUCGGGUCUGUCAUAAAUUACAUUCCCAAUUUCCCUUCUUCGAUGUUUUCGAGAAAAGGGGUUCUAAACCAAACCCCAUCACCGAACAAUCAUUAGGCUAGUAGGGUUUCUUGAUUUCUUCUGGACCCUAUAUGGCUUCUUCAUCAUCGAACAAGUCUUGCCUCUAUUGCAAGGACUCUUCCUCCGAUUGCUUUAGCAAUGGAUGGAAACUCCGCAACGGUGAAUUCGCGCAGCUCUGCAAUCGCUGCUCCCAUUUAUACAAUACGGGACGAUUCUGUGUAACAUUUCAUUCAAAAGAAAACGGUUGGAGGAACUGUAACUCUUGUGGGAAGUUCGUCCAUUGUGGAUGUAUUAUGUCACUUGGUGAGUAUUCGCUGUCGGAUUUCCAUGGGGUGAUAUGCACGGACUGUUCAAGGACUGAAUGCAUUAGCCCGGAAUCGGAAUCAUUGAUUCCGUUGUUUGAGAAAGUACUGACUGCUAGUGAUACCGGUACCCAGUUAGGCCGGUUUAUAAUUCCAAAGGAACAUGCAGAGGAUCAUUUCCCAGAAGUUAAUGAUCCUCAAGGGAUCCCAAUGAGUGUAUUGGAUACAGCAGGAAACGAAUGGGAUCUUUCCUUCCGUUAUUGGAUACAUGUAACCAGCAAAAUGUACGUUUUAAAAGGGCUUCGAAAUUUCAUAAUUUUGAACAACUUACAAGCAGGAGAUACAGUGGCUUUUUGUGCAAGGGAGUCGGAUAGAAAGUUUGUGAUGGAUGUGAGGAAAAGUGGCUAG